AUAAAUAAAGGGGACUGAUCGUUUCGGUUAAAUUCGAGACAGAAAUGUUCAGAAAAGAGACUAAUCUGUAGCGUAAACCAGCCGCUGUUCAAAGAACUGUAUAGGGUAUCGGACAAAAUGGCAGACACCGCUGGAAUUGAAAGAUUCCGAAAUCUGACGGAGCACAAACUGAAACCCCGUCGUCACGAAAAGUUUAGUGGGGUUCUGAACCACAUCGCCAAAUUCGUUUUUGAUUCUACCUUCAUCCAUUCUCUCAAAUCCCUUGCAGGAAAGAAGCAAGUCAAAAAGAAUGAGCAUCGAGUAUCAAAAUAUGAACCCUUUCCAGUUUCUAUGAAUGACAAGGGAAAAGUGGAAAAUCUCAAGCUAGUGAUGGAGAAUAUGCAGCCAAAGAUGGAGAAAAUGCAAGAAGAUGACGUCAAUAAUAUAAAGCAACAGCAUGAGAUAUCAGCAAAAUACAAAGCAGCCGGAACAGGGGCUCUGGAAAAGACAUUGGACGAGGGCAAUAAAGGAUCAGAUAUCGUGCAAACUCAGAGGAAAAAAGUAUUCAUUCGUUCCCGUCUAUGAGAUGGGAUGGUGUUUAAAAAACCAGAGGCAGAGCAACCAGAUCCUCGGAUAGCCACUGUAAUUUUGAAAAUAAUAAUAUUGUACAUGGUGUUACUGGAGUAUUUGAAAUGAAAUAAGUUGGGUUCAUGCAAUAUAUGAACUAGAGCGAUCUCUGCUGAUUUACAAAUAAAUGGAUUUUAAAAAAUAUUUGUUUGUUUUUUC